AAAUAAAUAAACAAAGUUUUGAGGGUUAUUUUGGUCAUAUAAAAAGCCACUACUCCAUUUUGAGCAUGCGCAUGAGAAAGCUGCGCUACAGUGUUCCUGGUUGCUUCCAGUGAGGCCGUGCGGGCAAAAAGCCCCUUCUUCUUCCCUUGCUUCUUUCUGUUUGUUCGUCUUUUGCUUCACGCUUUCUCUAAUUCUCUCUCUCUCAAAGGCUACGCAUUCUCCCUCGCUGAGAUCUCCCCUUAGAUGGACUCGCUCUCGCCGGCGAUCGGCCGCGGUCUCCUUCUGCCGGCGAGGUGCGGUCACUUCUCCCGUGGACUCUCCGCUCGAGUUGUCCCCUGUCUGAGAUCGCUCCCCCGCCUCCGCCAGCAGAAUCGUGCUCUCGCCGAGACUAAGAAUCCGGACAUUGAUUUCAGCGAUCCGCAGUGGAAGUCCAAGUUUCAGCGCGAUUUCGAGAGGCGAUUCUACCUGCCUCAUCUCACCGAUGUCUUCGAGGAUGCUCAUCCUAUUCCUUCAACUUUCUGUCUCAAGAGCAGCAGGACUCCAGUAAGUGAAGAUUUUGUAGAUGGUUAUCCAUCGGAUGAGAAGUGGCAUGGAUACAUAAAUAACAAUGAUAGAGUUCUUCUCAAGGUUAUAUAUUACUCUUCACCAACGUCUGCUGGUGCCGAAUGUAUUGAUCCUGAUUGUUCUUGGGUGGAGCAAUGGGUUCAUCGUGCUGGGCCUCGAGAGAAAAUUUACUUCAAGCCAGAAGAAGUGAAUGCUGCAAUUGUAACUUGUGGAGGCCUUUGUCCUGGUCUUAAUGAUGUCAUAAGGCAGAUUGUCAUCACGCUUGAAAUAUAUGGCGUGAAGAAGAUUGUAGGGAUUCCUUUUGGUUAUCGUGGUUUCACUGAUAAAGAAAUAGAUGAAAUGCCACUAUCGAGGAAAGUUGUUCAGAAUGUUCAUUUAUCUGGUGGAAGCUUGUUAGGAGUUUCACGUGGAGGACCAGAUGUUAGUGAAAUUGUAGACAGUAUGCAGGAAAGAGGAGUCAACAUGCUUUUUGUGUUGGGUGGAAAUGGCACACAUGCUGGUGCCAAUGCAAUACAUAAUGAGUGCCAGGAAAGGCGGAUGAAGGUGGCUGUGGUUGGUGUGCCAAAAACUAUAGAUAAUGAUAUUUUGCUGAUGGAUAAAACUUUUGGUUUUGAUACUGCUGUUGAGGAAGCACAAAGAGCAAUCAAUUCUGCAUACAUUGAGGCUCAUAGUGCUUAUCACGGUAUUGGUGUUGUGAAAUUGAUGGGUCGCAGCAGUGGAUUUAUAGCUAUGCAGGCAUCCUUAGCUAGUGGACAAAUUGAUAUUUGUUUGAUCCCGGAGGUACCUUUUCAUUUGCAUGGACCUCAUGGUGUCCUGAGACAUCUGAAGUACCUAAUCGAGACCAAGGGAUCAGCUGUUAUUUGUGUAGCAGAAGGAGCUGGCCAGAAUCUUCUUGAGAAAACUAAUGCAAAAGAUGCAUCUGGAAAUGUUGUCCUAGGAGAUGUUGGUGUAUAUAUUCAACAAGAGAUAAAGAAAUAUUUCAAGGAGAUUGGUGUUCCAGCUGACCUGAAGUAUAUUGAUCCCACGUACAUGAUCCGUGCUUGCCGUGCAAAUGCAUCAGAUGGAAUUCUAUGCACCGUACUCGGACAAAAUGCCGUUCAUGGCGCGUUUGCUGGCUACAGUGGCAUUACAGUGGGCAUAUGCAACACCCAUUAUGUCUAUCUCCCCAUUCCUGAAGUCAUUUCUUACCAAAAAGUUGUCGACCCAAACAGUCGCAUGUGGCAUCGAUGCUUAACAUCGACAGGUCAGCCAGACUUUGUAUGACUACCAGGGUCCCUUUGAUUUAUGCUAGAGACUAGAGAAAUCCAAGCCCUUGUUGUUGAAAAAUAAACUAAAGGAAAAAUAUUAUUGAAAAAUAAUUUUUUUUUCCAAAAAAGGUGGACCACCAUCUCCAUCUCCAUCUCCAUCUCCAAUAUCUGCCGAGUGCCGAGUCAUCUUGAAGAAUUAACACCUAGAUACUGCAUCCCUUCAAUUUAAAAAAAUUUUCUAUUGUAUGAACACUCGCGCCGUUCAUUGUAUGGCGUGACAAUAAUGAAACUUCAGGGGAACCGUCCCAACAUUUGGUAGCAGGUUCCCAAUGUUUUGUAGAAUGUCAAUUUGUACCCGCUAUAUUUAAGAAUGAUAUGAAGUUGAGGUAUGAUUUGUUGCUUCCUGCGCUGAAUUCAAUGCAUUGUUCAGUAUUGAUUAUAA